AUGUCACGCAUCUUACGUAGAGACAAUGCCCGUUCAUUUGCACUAUGCAUCACUGGUUCAGACCUCAUUUUGACAUAAAGGUGUGAAGAACAAUGGUCAGAAGAUUUAAAGAACGUUGAUGUGUUUAUUCUCACCUGCGUUUGAGUCCAUUGGUGCAGUAUGUCUGUGUCCAGCACCCCCACCAGUAAUGAUGCCUGUCUGAGCAUCGUCCACAGCCUCAUGUGCCAUCGACAGGGUGGAGUGAGCGAGUCUUUCGCUAAGAGAGCCAUAGAGAGUUUGGUGAAGAAGCUGAAAGAGAAGAAAGAUGAGUUAGACUCUUUGAUCACUGCCAUCACUACUAACGGAGCUCACCCAAGUAAAUGUGUGACUAUACAGCGCACGUUAGACGGCAGACUACAGGUGGCUGGUCGUAAAGGAUUUCCUCAUGUGAUAUAUACACGACUGUGGCGAUGGCCAGACCUGCAUAAGAACGAACUGAAACACGUGAAAUACUGUCAGUUUGCCUUUGACCUCAAAUGCGACAAUGUGUGUGUGAACCCGUACCACUACGAGAGGGUAGUGUCUCCCAGCAUUGAUCUGUCUGUACUGACACUAGGUGGCCCAGGCCCUAGUGGAGAACCGAUGGUGAAGGAUGAAUUUGAGGGUCAUUCUGCUGCUGAUGGAGGUCACAGUAUUCAAACCAUCCAGCACACUGCUGCCUGCUCAGCCCCACCUGACACUUUUAACAGCCCCGCCCUCUUGCCCCCAACUGACUCUGCAAGCUCUGCCUCCACCUCUGCUUUCACCAGUUUGGCCACCAGACCAACGAAUGCUCCCACCUCAUGGCCAAGAGGAAGCAGUUUCCCUCCCAAUAUCCCCCAUCAGAACGGCCACCUACAGCAUCAUCCACCACUGCCCCAAACCGGCCAGUACUGGUCAGUUCAUAGUGAACUGGCUUUCCAACCUCCAAUUUCCACCCAUCCAGCUCCAGAUUACUGGUGCUCUAUCCCGUACUUUGAGAUGGAUAUUCAGGUAGGCGAGACGUUUAAGGUGCCAUCCAGCUGUCCCAUCGUAACGGUGGAUGGUUAUGUGGACCCAUCAGGUGGAGAUCACUUCUGUCUUGGGCAGCUGAGUAACGUUCACCGUAUAGAGGCAAUAGAGAGAGCCAGGCUUCACAUUGGUAAAGGAGUUCAGCUGGAGUGUAAAGGAGAGGGGGAUGUGUGGGUGCGCUGUCUCAGUGAUCACGCUGUGUUUGUCCAGAGUUAUUAUCUGGACCGGGAAGCUGGACGAGCUCCGGGAGAUGCUGUCCACAAAAUUUACCCCAGUGCUUACAUCAAGGUGUUUGAUUUACGCCAGUGUCAUCGGCAGAUGCAGCAGCAGGCAGCUACGGCUCAAGCUGCAGCAGCUGCGCAGGCGGCUGCAGUGGCAGGAAAUAUCCCAGGCCCGGGGUCGGUGGGCGGCAUUACUCCUGCUAUCAGUUUGUCUGCCGCGGAGGGUAUCGGCGUGGAUGACCUGCAGCGUCUCUGCAUCUUGCGCAUGAGUUUCGUGAAAGGCUGGGGACCAGAUUACCCUCGCCAGAGUAUCAAAGAGACGCCAUGCUGGAUCGAGAUCCAUUUACACUGGGCUUUACAGCUCCUGGAUGAGGUUCUGCACACCAUGGCUAUAGCCGACCCGCAACCUCUGGACUAAUGCUGAAACCCUCAUAACCUUAUUAGAAUACAUACAGCUCAAAACGACUCAACUGACCUUCCGCAGCAGCUGACAGAUUUGUUACACCACCUCUGUUGGAACAUUGAAACCAGCAGAACUACAAAACCAACACUAACUCUUGUUGUUUCAAACAGGACUGUUUAUCAAAACACGGCAAAAUUACACUUUUAAAAAUUCUAACUAGACUAUUACCUUUGAUGAUCGAACAAAAUUCUAAAGAGUCAGGGCUCUCUUUGGGGUCAGAAUGAAGAAGUUCAGAGACUUGCAUUAUUUUGUGUCAUGAGUUUACUUCCAUAAACAUACAGAGGCCACGUACACACUGCAGCAAAAUAUGGUUGUCACUCCUCGUAAUCCUGUUCUGUACACACAUUGGCUUUAAGAUAUACAAGCGCAACAAAUUUCCAAUCUUGUAAAUUUUGCGUAAAACCUUUCAUAUGUAAAUUGCUUUCAAUUCAACAUGACAAUGUAUGUAUGUUUUUUACGAAUGAUUUACACAGAAAUUCAUUCAGCUAGUGUUCUAUGAUAGUUUGUAACACCAUUCUUGCAUAAAUGGAUGCAUUCACUGUUUACACAAGGAGAAAAAAAAAAAAAAGAAUGUGAAAUGUCAUGGCCUGGGUAGCUCAGCGAGUGAAAACGCUGACUACCACCCCUUGAGUUCACUAGUUUGAAUCCCAGGGUGUGCUGAGUGACUCCAGCCAGGUCUCCUAAGCAACCAAAUUGGCCCGGUUGCUAGGGUGGGUAGAGUCACAUGGGGUAACCUCCUCGUCGCUAUAAUGUGGUUCACUCUCGGUGGGGCGCGUGGCGAGUUGUGAGUGGAUGCCGCGGAGAAUAGCAUGAAGCCUCCACACGCGCUAUAUCUCCGUGGUAACGCGCUCAACAAGCCACGUGAUGAGAUGCGCAGGUUGGCGGUCUCAGACGCGGAGGCAACUGAGAUUCAUCCUCCGCCACCCGGAUUGAGGCGAGUCACUACGCCACCGCGAGGACUUAGAGCACAUUGGGAAUUGGGCAUUCCAAAUUGGGGAGACAAUCCAAAAAAAAAAAAAGAAUGUGAAAUGUCAUCACAUUCCCAGUGGGUCAGAAGUUUACAUACACUUUAUUAGAAUUUGGUAGCAUUGCCUUUAAAUUGUUUAACUUGGGUCAAAUGUUUUGGGUAGCCUUCCACAAGCUUCUCACAAUAAGUUGCUGAAAUUUUGGCCCAUUCCUCCAGACAGAACUGGUCUAACUGAGUCAGGUUUUAGGCCUCCUUGCUCGCACACACUUUUUCAGUUCUGCCCACAAAUUUUCUAUCGGAUUGAGGUCAGGACUUUGUGAUGACACUCCAAUACCUUGACUUUGUUGUCCUUAAGCCAUUUUGCACAACUUUGGAAGUAUGCUUGGGGUCAUUGUCCAUUUGGAAGACCUAUUUGCAACCGAGCUUUAACUUCCUGUCUGAUGUCUUUAGAUGUUGCUUUAGUUUAUCCACAUAAAUUUCCUUCCUCAUGAUGCCAUCUAUUUUGUGAAGUGCAGCAGUCCCUCCUGCAGCAAAGAACCCCCACAACAUGAUGCUGUCACCCCCAUGCUUCACGGUUGAGAUGGUGUUCUUCGGCUUGCAAGCCUCACCCUUUAUACUCCAAACAUAACGAUAGUAAUUAUGGCCAAACAGUUCAGUUUUUGUUUCAUCAGACCAGAGGACAUUUCUCCAAAAAGGAAGAUCUUUGUCCCCAUGUGCACUUACAAACUGUAGUCUGGCUUUUUUUUUUUUUUGGAGCAGUGGCUUCUUCCUUGCUGAGCAGUCUUUCAGGUUAUGUCGAUAUAGGACUCGUUUUACUGUGGAUAUAGAUACUUGUCUACCUGUUUCCUCCAGCAUCUUCACAAGGUCCUUUGCUGUUGUUCUGGGAUUGAUUUGCACUUUUUGCAUCAAACUACGUUCAUCUCUAGGAGACAGAAUGCAUUUCCUUCCUGAGCAGUAUGAUGGCUGCGUGGUCCCGUGGUGUUUAUAUUUGCAUACUGUUGUUUGUACAGAUGAACGUGGUACCUUCAGGCAUUUGGAAAUUGCUCCCAAGGAAGAACCAGACUUGUGGAGAUCCACAAUUUUUUUUUUAGGUCUUGGCUGAUUUCUUUUGAUUUUCCUAUGUCAAGCAAAGUCACACUGAGUUUGAAGGUAGGCCUUAAA